UUGUCCAGCCACAGGAGUGUUGGGGAAGAUCUUGCAUUGUUUGGGGAUGUCGGAACUUGCUUCUUAACGGGUUUUAGCUCGAUCGGGAUAUUUUUUUUUAAAAAUUAUCGAAGUAUAUCCGUCCUUUUAAUAUUUUGAUAAGAUUGAGGUAUAUCCCUCGUACUUUUUUCUUUUUAUUUUUAUACGAUUUCGCGUGACAGAUGAAAAGGUUUCGCGUGUGGCCAUUUCACGAUAUUUCACGGUUGAAAAUUAAAAUAAGAAUUGUAUAAAAUACUAUGUACUUCGUAUAAUGGAGGUCGUCCAAAUCUCUAUUAUAUAAGCCAAGAGGGGAGGGGCAAUUAAGUAACACCAUUUUUCGUGUCCACAUGCAAAAAUACGAAAAUACCAUCCACCUCUUACUCACAAACCCUUCGCGUCUCUUCCUCUGCUGCUUCUUUCACUCUCGUCUACUUUCUCUCUCCUCCCUUCGCUAAUCUCAUCUUCGAUCUCUCCUCCCUUUCACUCAAUCUCUCAUCUUCGAGAAAGACCACUGGGUCAAAAUCGGAGUGAUGUGGUGUUCCACUCACGGAGCUGCUUGGGUUCCCUUUAACCCGAUGAUGCUGUUGUUGGCGGCGAAAACUCCUCCGACAAUCCGUCGGCAUUUAUGGUUCUCGCCGGUGGUGGCGGAGAAGGCCGUAACGGCAAUCGCAACCAAAUUUCGAAAAUGAUCGAUUUAAUUUUAACUAGAUGAAGCUUGCGAUCUCAAUUCCAUAUCUGUUCUUCCUCCUCACACCAGGUUUUUAACCUAAAUUUCUCUCUUAAGUAUUUGCUUAAAUUUUCUACAAAUUUGUGUUUCCGAUCUCUUGAAGCUUAAUUUCUUCUUUAAUGGUGGUUUUCGUUAUACCUAAACCAAUUGAUCCAAAGGAUUAUGUGAAGCUUAAUUUCUUCUUUAAUGGCGGUUUUCGUUAUACCUAAACUUAUAUGCAAAGGAUCAAUUCGUUACAUGUUUGCCUUUGUGUAAUUUAUUUAUGAGGCGUGUUUGUUUUUAUUUUCCCCUUAAUUUUUAGUUUUAGUUUUAAAUUUGAGGAAUUAAUUUGAUUUUAAUUGAUCAUUUUAUUAUGCAGUAAUACUUCAGAGAUGAACGAUUUGAAAGAUGGGGCGGAGCUGCUUGAUAUUAUUCUUUCAAAGUCCCAGAGAAUGGCAUGGAGCCUCAAAGAGCUGCAGUGGGGAAGCAGAACCACUGUCAGGUUCAAUAUACCCAGCAGGCUCACCUCCAGCAGCAGACAUAGUGAGGAGAAUAAUCAGCACAAUGAAGAAACCAGCUUACCUGCUUGACAUUACAACAUUAUCACAACUAAGAAAAGAUGCUCAUCCUGAGACUUACAGUGGCGAUCACUCUGGCAUAGACUGCAACCACUGGUAUCUCCCUGGAUUGCCAGACACCUGCAAUGAACUUCUAUAUGCCGCUCUACUCAUGUGAAUUUCCACCUUAGACUGAACAAAGUCUUUUUGUUCUUUCUUUAGAUUUUAAUUUUAAGUUUGUUAAUUAUCAAAUCAUUCAGA